AUCACAUCCAGCCUAGAGAAGUUAGUCUGGCUUCAUUACUUGUUUCAAUCACACGAACACUGUUUUCUGUGAAACUGUUACACACUCACUAACAAGAUGAUAAAAUCCUCGAAUUUUCUUACUCUACUAAACCAACCCGAGGUGCUAAAGAGCUCUUCGGGCAGUGUCCUCAUUAACUUUUUGGUCAAACCGAUGAGUGUUGAGAUGUCCACCGCCGAUCAGCUCAUCACUGGAUGCAGGCGCCAGCGGAUGAUGGAGCUGUUCGACGAGGAUCGCGACUGGGAGGCUGCCGAGCUGUCCCGUUUGGGUUUGAGCUGCAUCAAGGCUCCGGACUGUUAUCCUUGCUGCACUCGAUUCGAGUGCUCCAAGGCGAAGAUGUAGCAUCUCACAGAUGGUUUUAAAUUCUGCAGUUUUAAAUUUACAUAUGUCGUCCCUAUUAGUUGAAGUGAUUAAUUAAGUGAAGGUGAAACUAGCAUCGGGUAAAAUUAAAAAGAUAUUGUGAUUUAAAUAA